UGGCAUAUGUCGCUGUUUCUCGGCUGACUGCUGCUACUGCCGCCGUAGCCGUAGCCGUAGCCGGUGCCGUUACAUCCACUCGCGAUCUCGCCUAUCCUUUUCUGACCAUUCGCCUUCGUCUUCCUCUUCUUCUUAUUCUCCUCCUCGACCUUUCCGCUGCUACGCUUCCCAAUCGGAAGCCCUAGGAAUCCUCGUCCCGCGCUCGAUCAUGCCGUUGCUGUGUCGCCCUGCGUCCCCCAAUGCUCUGCAUCUGAGGGUCAACCUCAGAUGCCGAACCCCGCCGCGCCUCUUCCUCCUCCUCCUCCGUACGCGGUUCCCUCCGUUUGGCCGUCGCCUUCGGUCUGCGGCUGCUUCCGGGGGCCAAAGGAAUCGGGGAGCUUGGAGUGGCUCUGACGGUGGGUCGCCGGAUUACUUCGCUGGUUGGUCCGCUGCAGGGAACGGUGGGAGUGCCUCCUCGGGAAAGGAGAAAUUAGAAGGUAUGCUAGGAGCUGCACUUGCUGGACUACUUUUUGUUGCUGGAGUUACAUUUGCAGCACUGUCAAUUUAUAGUAAGCGUGCACAUGGAGCCAACCGAGAGAUGGAACCAGUAACAACAGAGCAGGAAAGCUUCAUAUCCAGUGAUGUCGAUGAGAAUGUUGAUCGAGACUUCCUCCCAGAAAUUAGUGGAGAAGCAACUAAGAGCAGAUUGGAUGUUUUACAAAAUGGAGAUGUUGACACUGAAGCUACAUUUAUACAUGCUAAAUCAACCCAAGUUGACGGUGAUGCUACUGAGAGAACAUUUGAUCAAGAUAAUACUGAAGUAGUAGAAGAAAUUAAUGAUAGUCCUUUACCUGAUGGAUUUAAUACCAGUAAUGCUGAUUUUCCUACAAAUGCUGCUGGUGCUGGUGUUCCACCUAGUAAGGAGAUUAUAAAAGAUUUUGAUGCCGCCACCUUAUCUGAGACUGAGAACUCAGUGACAGGAAAUGAUGUGAAUAUGCUCAGGACUAUGACACAUGAUGAUUUAGUUCAAUCUGAUAUUGUUUGUAUAGAUGAUCAUUAUGAAGGAAGCAUCAAAGCUGCAGAAAACUCAAAUUUUGAAGUCCCAUUUGAUCAGUUUGUUGGAUCUGAGAGCCAGUUUGACGCUGCUUCAGAGGAAAAUUUAGUUAGCCAAGUUGGCUCCCAGGAUUUGGUAGUGAUCUCACGGUCUUUCACAGAGGACCAAGCUUUUGGAGAGAACAAGAUGCACAGUCCUGAAUCUUUCACUUUAGAUCUGCCAUCAUCCAACCCCAUUGAAAAUGCUUCUCCAGAAACAUCUUUCAAUUUAGAUUUUCGUGACACUUACAGUCUGCUGCUUCAGAACGAUAGUGUUAAUUCUUCAGAAGAUUUAAUUGAUUCUCAAUCACGUGCCAUCCAUUCUGUAACUGUAUUAGAAAAGCUAGGUCAAAUAGAAUCCGAUUUAAAAUCUGUAAAUCAAAAUGGAACCUUAUCUCCUGAUUCACCACUUAAUAAACAAUCUUCUCAUUCUGGAAUACCUGCUCCGUGUCACAUAUCUGCAACUCACCAAAUACCCAUUGGAAAAGUUUUGGUUCCUCCAUUAGUUGAUCAGGUUCAGGGGCAAGCUUUAGCAGCAUUGCAAUUUCUAAAGGUUAUUGAGGCUGAUGUUCAGCCAGAAGCUGUAUGUACUCGUCGUGAGUAUGCUCGUUGGUUAGUUAUUGCCAGCAGUAAUCUUUCCAGGACUACACUUUCAAAGAUUUAUCCAGCUAUGUACAUAGAGAACAUAACUGAACUUGCAUUUGAUGAUGUUACACAAGAAGACCCAGAUUUUCCUUAUAUUCAAGGCUUGGCAGAGGCUGGGCUAAUCUCUAGCAAGCUUUCUUUGAUGGAUUUGGGUCACUCCAGCAAUCAGCAAGAUUCUGUUCUUUUCUUGCCUGAAGGGCCUGUGUCACGUCUAGAUCUCAUAAGCUGGAAGAUGGCUGUUGAAAGAAGGCAACUUCCACAAGUUGAUCAAAAUGACCUAUACCAAUGCUCUGGUUAUAUAGAUAUUCAUAAAAUUAAUCCAGAUGCUUGGCCAGCUUUGGUGGCUGAUCUAUCUUCUGGCGAGCAAGGAAUUUCUGCUCUUGCAUUUGGUCGCACAAGACUAUUUCAACCUGAUAAACCUGUCACGAAGGCACAAGCUGCUAUUGCACUUGCAACAGGUGAUGCGGCAGAGGUGGUCAAUGAGGAGCUUGCUCGGAUUCAAGCUGAAUCAUUGGCUGAAACUGCUGUGAAUGCACAUGCUGCUUUGGUAGCUCAACUUGAAAAUGAUCUUAAUGCAAAUUUUGAGAAAGAACUUACCAAGGAAAAGGAGAAAGCAAAGGCUUUAGAGAUAUUAGCAGAAGAAGUGAAGGUUGAAUUAGAUAGAUUAAAGACUGAAAGGGAGGAUGAACAUAAUUCUCAAAUCAAGGAGCAUGCUGCUGUUGAAUCUGAAAUGGAAGUCCUUUCCAGGUUAAGGCAUGAGUUGGAAGAGCAAUUACAGAGUCUCAUGAGUAACAAGCUGGAGAUAUCUUUUGAGAGGGAUAAGAUCAACAAACUUAGACAAGAGGCAGAAAGCCAAAAUCACGUUAUUGCUCAGUUGCAAUAUGAGCUGGAAGUUGAGAGGAAAGCUAUGCACUUAGCAAGAUCCUGGGCAGAGGAGGAGGCCAAAAGAGUUAAGGAGUAUGCCAAAGUACUUGAAGAAGCUAGAAUAAGGUGGAAGGGGCAUUUAAUUGAUGUUGUUAAUGGAGGUUUACAAAAUAAAGCUUUCACUGUAACAGCAUUGGAGCAGUCUCCAGUUGAACCAACGAUUGAAAGAGGCGAAAGCUUGGUUAAGAAUCUCAAAUCAAUGGCAGCUGAAUUAAGAUUCAGAUCUUCUGCUACAAUUGAGAAAGUAGCCGAAAAGAUUCUAUCUUUAAUUACAACUUUGAAACAACAGGCUUUAGCUGCUUCCACACAGGUACUGGAUCUUUGGAAAAAUUUAGCUGCUAAAGCUAAAUACUCAGUGGAUGGUGUCCAGGAAAAUGCCUCUGAGUUCAGCUGUUUUGUCGGAGACCGGACUCGGAGGAUGGUAGAAGAUUGCAAGGAAGGUGUUGGAAAGAUCAGACAGAAGUUCAAGACAUGAGAAAUUUUUGUUCAUUUUAUGUAAACUAGAGGUUACAACAAGUGCAAGGAAAUGGUCAUCAAUAGAUCAAGAUCAUCCAGGUCCAUAAUAAGCUGUUCAAAUGGGUUUCUUCUCUGCCAAUGUUGGUUGGCACAUUCACUCCACAUGAAAAACCAUAACCAGUGUUUUGGAAGUCAUAUCGUUUUAAUCAUUUUCCAUGUAUGAAUACUAAUAAUGAAGUAUACUGACACCUCAUUGAUCUUAACAGGAACAAUGAUACCACAAAGAUUGUGUUGAGUUUAAGGGAAGUAGCUUAUUAUGCCAUCCCCCUUUUAAGAAUUAGCAGUUCUGCCAAUGGUGGUUUAUAGGUGCAGCUUCUUUGUAUGAUCUUUAAAGAAUUUGUAUGAAGUUGUAUAGUUUCAAGUAUAUAAUUCAUCUGCACUCUGUCCAUUUGUUAAGUAUUAAGUUGGUAAUGUGGUGAUGAUGUGGUGGAACACUAGAUCAUUUGCUAUGUCAACAAUCGAAAUGGGAAAAAACAAUGAAACUCUAGUGCUGUUCAAUUUGAUGACAUUGGGCAUGGCUGGUACUGAAAUGGCA